AUGGUUUCGCUCACGUACUUCGGCCUCCGUCACACGCCGUGGACCGUCCUGGUGCUGAUUUUCUUCAUCGAAAGUGUGAUGGGGAACUAUGCCAAGUCCUUCUACAUACAUUGGAAUACCACAAACAGCAUAUUUAGAAUAGACAACACCGAUCAUGUAUUCGACUUGAAUAAAGGCAACGCGCAGUUCGAGUACGACCAAGUGAACAUAAUAUGUCCAGUGUACACACCAGGGACUUUUGAGGAGGACACAGAAAAAUAUAUAAUUUAUAAUGUGAGCAAAGAAGAGUACGAUACGUGUAGAAUAACAAAUCCGAAUCCUCGGAUAAUAGCUAUAUGCGAUAAACCGCACAAAUUGAUGUUUUUCACAAUCACCUUCCGGCCAUUUACCCCGCAGCCGGGCGGACUAGAAUUCUUGCCCGGGAAGGACUACUACUUUAUAUCGACCUCUAGUAAAGACGAUCUGCACAGACGCAUUGGGGGUCGAUGUCUGAGCCAUAAUAUGAAGCUGGUGUUCCGGGUGUGCUGUAAGCCGGAGGAGCAGUCUCCUCCGCCGCAACCCCAGCCGACCCUGCCACCACCGCCGCCACCACCCACCACGCCAUCCACCACCACGACCACAACAACAAUGAAGCCGGUCACUAAAAAGACGCACAAGUACGACAAGACGCCGAAUGAAGUUAUCAAGAGUGAGGAAUUGUCUCACUCACGCGGGGCUGCGUUGGCUUCGUCGCUCGCUCUCGCCCUGGCCGCGAGCGCGGUUUUAGCGCCCCUGGCUCGGUGA